UUGACGGGCAGGGGCGGGAGGAGUAAGGAUGAACCCAAGAGAAGCCGGAAGGAGCUUUCUUCUGUGGAGAGACCUGCUUGCUUGUCCGCUCGCUGUUAUUCCAUCGCUUCUGUCGCUCUUGCUAUUCUUGGCCCUUUUCGCCUAAUAUGGAGCCGGUAGGAAUCGCUGCUGUCGUUCCCUCCGCUGAGACGACCCCAGGCUCGGCUUGGCCCCAAAGCAAGGUGAGGGAGGACGGAUGGUGCAGUCGAGCCGGGCGAGGCGUGUCUCGGGCCUGGCGGCCCAUGAACCGGCUUGAGUGCCCAUGGGGAACUCCUAAAAAUACCACAAUAUCAUGCUCUCUUGCUGAUGUGAUGAGUGAACAACUAGCUAAGGAGCUGCAGUUAGAAGAAGAAAAUGCUGCUUUUCCUGAAGUGGUAUCGGUUGUUGAAGGACCGUUAAUUACUGGGGAGAAUGUUGACACAUCCAGUGACCUGAUGCUAGCACAGAUGCUGCAAAUGGAAUUUGAUAGAGAGUUUGAUGCACAACUUCGGCGUGAAGAGAAAAAAAUCAAUGGGGAUAGCAAAGUGUCAAUAUCUUUUGAGAACUACCGGAAGGUGCAUCCAUUUGAAGACAGUGACAGCUCUGAAGAUGAGGUUGACUGGCAAGAUACUCGUCAUGAUCCAUAUAGAGCAGAUAAGCCCACUACAACUCCCAAAAGAGGCUUUAUAGGAAAAGGAAAAGAUAUUACAACCAAGCAUGAUGAGGUUGUGUGUGGAAGAAAGAAUACUGCUCGAAUGGAAAAUUUUGCACCUGAAUUCCAGGUUGGUGAUGGAAUUGGUAUGGACCUAAAGCUGUCCAAUCACGUCUUCAAUGCUUUAAAGCAGCAUGCAUAUUCGGAGGAACGCCGAAGUGCCAGGCUCCAUGAGAAAAAAGAACAUUCUACUGCGGAGAAAGCAGUAGAUCCUAAAACACGUUUACUUUUGUAUAAAAUGGUCAAUUCUGGGAUGCUAGAGACUAUCACUGGCUGCAUAAGCACAGGGAAAGAGUCUGUAGUGUUUCAUGCAUAUGGAGGAAGUGUGGAUGAAGAUGCCAAAUCUGUACCUCCAGAAUGUGCCAUCAAGGUGUUUAAAACCACCCUUAAUGAAUUUAAGAAUCGUGACAAGUACAUCAAGGAUGACUACAGAUUUAAGGAACGUUUUAGCAAACUAAAUCCACGCAAGAUAAUUCGCAUGUGGGCUGAGAAAGAAAUGCACAACUUAACAAGAAUGCAGAAAGCAGGCAUUCCCUGCCCACAAGUGGUUACCCUUAAAAAACAUGUCUUGGUCAUGUCCUUCAUUGGUCAGGAUCAAGUUCCAGCUCCUAAACUAAAAGAAGUGAAACUCAAUAGUGAAGAUAUGAAAAAAGCCUACUAUCAAGUCCUUCAUAUGAUGCAAAAGUUGUAUAAAGAGUGCAGUUUGGUUCAUGCUGAUCUGAGCGAGUACAACAUGUUGUGGCAUGGUGGACAGGUCUGGUUAAUUGAUGUCAGUCAGUCUGUGGAGCCAACCCAUCCACAUGGACUGGAGUUCUUGUUCAGAGAUUGCAGAAAUGUUUCUCAGUUCUUCCAGAAGAAUGGUGUAUCUGAAGCACUUGGUGAACGAGAGCUCUUCAAUGCUGUCUCAGAUUUAAAUUUUGCAGCUGACAAUGAAGUGGACUUCCUCGCUGAGAUUGAAACUUUGGAGAAGAUUAAUGAAGAUCAUGUACAGAAUUAUGGGAAAAAGUUUUCAACGUUUUCACAUGAUGAUGAUGGGGGUCCACAAACAUUUUGCAACAAAUAGCACAAGUGAACUGAUCUGUUUCUUGCAUUUGACUUCAAAUGCAGUGAUUAAACACAGCUGCCAAAAGCAACAAAUUGUGGUCAGCUCAGAAUGCCAUAAAUGAACUUCAGGGAAUAUGCAUUGGUGCUUUGUGUCUUCAGAAAGUCCACAGGCCACUGGGACUUGCCAUGUAACCCUGUAAGAAUGGAAUGUCAUUUUUUUCAAUCUGGCAGAUGAACUUUUUUUCAGUUACACCAUAGCUGAGUUCAGUGUGUGGUUUAAAUUUUCCAAAAUGAUGUGACAAUUUCAGAUUUUAUUCUGAAGUCCUACAAAUGUCAAAUGUGUGUAGGAGCGAUAGAUUCUCUUCUCUAUUACAGAACAUCUGUUCCUUAAGGGUUCAGAGUGUUGAAGAUGUACUGCAUGUUUCAGAAACAUUCAACACUAAUCUAGUAACAAGAUUACUAUUUUUUACAAAAAUUCAGUGAGAGAUCCUUCAGAUCUUAUAAACAAAAUAACUUUAUCCUAGUCACUCAAAAUAAUAGCCUCAUGUUUUCUAUGGUUUUUUCACAGAUUAAAAAUAUAAUAUUUGAGGUAUAUAGCCUAUAAUUUGACUCUUAAAUCUUUAGGCCAUAAUGUAGUUUAGUUAUUGUUCAUUUUUCCAAACUGAAGUAAAAAGGGAAAAAUUUCUAUAUUAUCAGUAGCAAAUAUAUUUGGUUAUCUGUUUCUCAAACAGUGCUUUUAAAAAAUGGAAGGUUUUAAUGUGUAAAAUGAAUGGGCUAUGCUCAGCAGGAGUUCCCUUUAUUUGUAUCCUAAUUUCAUAGUCCUUAAGAUGAUGGCAGAUUUCCAUCUUUGUAGAACAAAUUAUUCAAGGAAUGAAUCAGAAAGUGUCCCUUGCAUUUAGGAGUCUGCAUGUAGCAUGGCCUCUAAUCUAAUACAGUAUGAUUCUAUUCAUAUGACUUUCAAAACUAAAUAAAAAACAAAACAGCAGAACCAAGGCCAUUGUUGGUAUACUUGUAUGAAGAAAUCCAGAGGCAUAACAAUGAAUGUACCUAUAGGUCUUAUAUGGAAAUGACACAGAGCUCUCAGGAUCUGUCUCCAGCUUUGUUCUUGCAUUAUAUUUGUGUACCUAAAUCCUAUGCAUUCUGGUGAGGCCAGCAUAAGAGACAUUCAUUCACUGAAAUAGACUUAAGAGAUGUAAAACUUCCCUUUUCAGGUUUCUUCUUUUGAAUUCGCCCUUCAUAACAUUGUAGUGAGAGUGUUGCUGUGUGAUACCAUGGCCUAUGAAAAUGUUGUUCAUGCAGAAAUGGAGAGGAAAUAAAUACAUGAGCUCUUACAGGUU